GUCUGUCCUCAAGCGGCACCGGGUACUUGAUAGGAGACAGCAGGUAUCAAAGGCGAGGGCUCCGCUAUGUUGUCGUAGAAAAACAAGACGGACAAUGUGAGCGGCUUCUUAGAGAAUAGACAGAUUUUAAUAAGUGUGUUUACAGGAGCUCAAGGUCAGGACCAAAAAGCUGCGCUCUGGUAAACGGGCUUUAUUUUCCACCCCUUCUGUUGCCACACAGAGGGGGAAAGUGGACGAUUAGAGAUUAUUCUUUGUGGCUUAUUAUAUCAAGGGUUGAGCUUUUGGCUCAUCAAAGCUAAAUGCCGCAAGACCUAUCUAGUUGCUGUGAAUUAUGCCGAAGACGACAAUGGAGUGCUUUUUUAAUGGUACAAUGCAUUUCACCUACCAGAUAGGGGGAGUCCGAGCUGAAAGAUGGGAAUGUCUUGUGAUGCUGUGUGAUCAGUAUCAAUGAACACGUUUAUCCUGAAAAGAGACCGAAUAAAAUAAAACACUCUCGGCUCGGGAUGUGUUGGGUACAGUUAGGAGGGCAUUUCGGAGUGGACAAUCGUAACAGGUCCGGCGCGCACUUUUCCCCCUCAGCACAAGAAAAUGAUCAAGUCAAUCAUGUGGACAUGCUUCAUUAUUCAUUGAACACAAUCUUUUACAACGCUUCGUUUACGUGCGGGACUUUCUUCUACGCGUUGCUUUAAAAUUGCAAGGUGGUCCCUGGUAUGUCUAGAGGUGGGCACAUCUCAUCUCAGCUCAUAAAAGCUGCAUUGUGAAUUACUACAAAAACAGGAGAAAAGGAGACCAACUGUAUGCCAGCAAGGGGAAGUGGGACGCCCCUUUGGCAAUCCGUCAGUGCCAACUGAGCUCAGCUGCAUCCUUUGACUGGGUAUUUUCAAAACAGACUGACAGUCCUAAAACAAGUAUGCAGUUAGUUUGUUAAGAAUGGAAGAAACGAGUCUGUGCCUUGGAGUGUCUUCAGCAGUGCCUGAAGCGGAUGCCUGUCUUAGCAGCAGUGUACUUAAUGGACAAUAUCCGAUAAGUCAGAAAUUGCACCAACUGACUACUCAGCUAGGUCAUGCUUUCCCUGAUCUGCAAAACAGACAGAUCCCUGAAGAAAAAGCUGCUACACCACUGGAUGAAAAGAGCCACCUGGCAAUGGCCAGCCAACCCAUAAGCAGUCAGAUGGCUUUGCUAGCCAACCAGCUCAACCGAGAUAUCGAUGCCAGUCUGAGUAUGAAUGGCAGAGUGGAUCUGCAGCAGUUCCUAAAUGGACAAAACUUGGGCAUUAUGUCUCAAAUGAAUGACAUUGAAGAUGAUGCCAGAAAGAACAGAAAGUACCCUUGCCCUCUUUGUGGAAAACGUUUUCGUUUUAACAGUAUUCUGUCCCUACACAUGCGCACCCACACUGGGGAGAAACCCUUCAAGUGUCCAUACUGUGAUCAUCGGGCUGCCCAGAAAGGAAACCUGAAGAUCCACCUUCGUACUCAUAAAUUGGGUAACUUGGGAAAAGGACGCGGAAGGGUUCGUGAAGAGAACCGUCUUCUUCAUGAACUUGAAGAGAGAGCAAUCCUAAGAGAUAAGCAGAUGAAGAACAGCCUCCUUCAUCUUAGGCCUGACCUGAAGCAACUGUCCCAGCCGCUACAACAGCAACACCAGCUGCAGCCCAUGCAGACUUCACAUCAACAACAACAGCAGCAGCUCCACCACCAGAUCCCUAUCACACCCUGCACCCUUCCAGCACCCACAAGCCAUAACAGCUCUGAGAGCUCAUCCCAUCCAACCCCUUCUCCUAAGCCUGCAGGCAUCCAGGAAGAACUGGCAGCCCAGCCCACUGGCUUUCGCUGCACCUUCUGCAAAGGGAAGUUUAAGAAACGUGAGGAGCUCGACCGCCACAUAAGGAUAUUGCACAAACCUUAUAAGUGCACCCUGUGUGACUUUGCAGCUUCACAGGAGGAGGAUCUAAUCAGUCAUGUCGAGAAGGCGCAUAUCACAGCCGAGUCCGCACAGGGUCAGGGCUGCAGUGGAAAUGGAGAAAAGCCUGCAAAUGAAUUUCGUUGUGAGGUGUGCGGUCAGGUCUUUAGUCAAGCCUGGUUUCUGAAAGGUCAUAUGAGAAAGCACAAGGAUUCCUUUGAGCACUGUUGUCAGAUUUGUGGGAGGCGCUUUAAGGAACCCUGGUUCCUCAAGAAUCACAUGAAAGUUCACCUGAAUAAGUUAUCUAUUAAGAAUAAAUCUUCCACAGACUCUGAGGUGCCAGUAUCUAUGAACAGCAUGGCACAGGAAGCACAUGCAAACCUGUACUCGCGGUAUAUAUCGUGCCUACAAAGUGGGUUCCUGUCACCUGACAAAGCAGGAUUGAGUGAGCAGAAUCAGAUUCUAAGCAAGGCAGGGAUUGCCAUGAAAGAGAAAGAGAUGAUUGGGAAACUUCUGGCACCGGUUAACAGUGUGGGCCACAGUUUGCCUGAAGGAGAAAAGCGGUCAUUGCUAGGCUGCUUGAAUUUGGUACCUCCUUUAAAGUCAAGCUGCAUGGAACGUUUGCAAGCAGCUGCCAAGGUGGCUGAAAUGGACCCACUUAACAGUUACCAGGCUUGGCAGAUCAUGGCAAGAGGUAUGGCUAUGGAUCAGGCCUUCCUGCCUAAAGAGCAACACCAUGGACAGCAUGGUCAGGAAGAGAGUCUAACAAAUUCUGGUGUUGCAUUUGCAAAAGAAAAACGUGACUACUUACUGAUGGCAGCUGAUAGUUCCAAGCAGAAGCUACACCCUGAUGCUCUUCAGUGUGCUAAAAGUGCUAACCUGCUCUCACGCAAAGACGACCCUUUAGAUAGCAGCAGGGACUUCAUGUCCCACAACUUAGGUCAGAGCCUUGAAUUCAGUAUUGCUAACAUGAAAGAGAAGCCCACUGAGUGUCCUGAUUGUGGAAGAGUGUUUAGAACUUACCACCAAGUGGUUGUCCAUUCCCGAGUGCACAAAAGGGACCGAAAGCCCGGUGAAGAAGGUAUCCAUGGGUGCCUAGAUGAGCGACGAGGUUCAUCAAGUGAUCCAGAGUCACAGUCAAUCAGCCGAUCAACAACUCCCGGAUCCUCUAAUAUCACAGAGGAGAGCGGAGUUGGAGGAGGUCUGUCACAGACAGGAAGUGCCCAGGAAGACAGCCCCCAUCCUUCCUCACCAUCCUCAGAUGCCGGGGAAGACAUGGGCAAGCAAACUGGAGUCCAGCAGCCUUCUCUUGUCAGAGACAGAGGCCUGGGAUCAGCCAUGAAGGACUGUCCCUAUUGCGGAAAAACCUUCCGAACAUCACAUCACCUGAAGGUCCAUCUGAGGAUACACACAGGGGAGAAGCCAUAUAAAUGCCCGCACUGUGAUUACGCCGGCACUCAGUCAGCUUCCCUCAAAUAUCACCUGGAGCGUCAUCACCGGGAAAGGCAGAAUGGAGGUGGGCCUCUAACUGGACAUCCUCCAGAUCACAAGGAGGACCACUCAACCAACAAAAGCUCUGUCUUUAUUAGACCAGACAUCCUGAGAGGCGUCUUUAAAACGAUGCCAAAUGUUGACUUCAGGGGAAACCAGCUGCUUCCUCACCAGUGGGCAUCAGGGAUGCUUUCUAUGAGAGAGCGGCACGGGCAGUGCGCUAGCAUGUCCUCUGAUUCUGUGUCCGAAGGCCUCAAGAUCUCAGAGACCAUAACAGAAGGUGCUUCCAGUUUUUCUGAUUUAGGAAGGGCUUACCAGAGCAUGAUAGGCAAUGGGGCCAACUUUCAAGGUUCCCUGCAGGCCUUCAUGGACAAUUUUGUGCUUAGUUCAUUAAAAAAAGAAAAAGACAUUAGGGAGAAGCAUUUUAGUGACAGUGUGGAGUCAAAAAUCAAGAGAGUAGAAAGCAGUGAAGAAAAGCAAGAUAUGAAGUCCUGUGAUGAGAAACCUGAAAAAUCUCAAUAUGAACCACUAGAUCUGUCCGUUAGGCCAGAUACCGCAGCUCUUCCGGGCUCUUCUGUUACAAUUCAUGAUAACAUAGCUUGGCAUGGCUGCUUGUUCUGUUCCUUCACAACCUCCUCGAUGGAACUGAUGGCUCUUCACCUUCAGGCCAAUCAUCUUGGCAAAGCAAAACGUAAAGAUAGUGUCUUGGACAUUGCAAUGAUGAGCAAAGAACAAACUGAGGAGCCUUCUGUAUCUAACAAAGUUUCCUUGACAUCCAGUGCUAUUCAGACUGCUAAAGAAACUGUAGUCUCUAAAGCAGUUUCCAGUGAGAACAAGUUGACUCAACAUGAGCCAAGCAAAGACACUUUAGUAGAACAGAAGAGUUCACCUUGGACUAAUCAUUUGGAUGCCAAUGUAAGCAGCCUUCAGAAUGACUUUUUCAAGCAGUUUAGUGCGUAUGCUACAGCGUCCAGUGGAACAAGGCCUAAUGGGUCCAGCAGUGUUACUCAUGAUUCUGAGCAAUUGAUUCAGUCCUCUGACAAAAUGAAUUCUAUACACACAAGCUUAUCUAGCAGCGCACCAGAAGAACUUUCUGACAAAGUCUCUAGUGGUGACAUUGAAGCUUCAGAGGAACAAGACCCUUCCGAUGAAGAUAUAGAACUUGCAGAUCACAGUAAUAAUGAGUCUGCCAAUGAGAAACAGGAAAGUGAUGAUGAUGAUGAUGAUGAUGACGAUGAUGAUGAGGAGGAGGAUGAGGAGGAGGAGGAGGAGGAGGAUGAGGAGGAGGAAAAAGAUGACAGAGAUGAGGAAAGCAUGGACCCAAUGCAAAGUAUCACUGUCACUAAAGACUUGCAUGGUGCAACAGCCUCAGUGCCACAACUUCUGGACAAGCAUUGGCAAGGCUUAAAUCUUCUUUCAUCUCAAGGUGUUCCUCCAGGUGUGAUGAAGUCAGAACAGGCACAUCUUGAGCAGCAGAUGAACGUACUCUCUGUCUUGAGGGCAUACAGCACUGAAAACCUUGCAGCAUUCAAUGGUCUUGGAAACAGCCCAAGUGCCACCAGUACACUCAAGAGAUCCGAUAUGCCUGGUCACAGGCCUUUCCAAUGCCGGUAUUGCCCAUAUAGUGCCUCUCAGAAGGGGAAUCUGAAAACCCACGUUUUGUGUGUGCAUCGCAUGCCGUUUGACAACAGCCAGUAUCCAGACCGCCGCUUCAAGAGAUCCAGGGUGGAUUCGGACACCUCCGUACAUUCAGAGGAUGCGAAGGCGAUGACACCAGGGAGCUCUGGAGAGCACACACCAGAAGCCAGCCGUAUGCAAGAGUGACCGCCAUUUAGCAGCAAAGUACAGGGCUAGCCACAACUCUGCAACUUUGUCACAUAUGCAUUCAAGGGUGGCAGGCUCUGAGCAGUGGAUGGGACAGGGGGGCGCUGAAUUGUAUUCCGAGUGACAGUUGUGUGUACACCCAAGGUCCCAAUUUAACGAACUGGGGAGGGGCAAACAGUGGGGUGGUGGGAGCGAAAGGGGUGGGUUAAUGAACUACAUCAAGAAGUAUCCCUGAAAACAGUCAGACUGAAGGAUAUUUUUUCAGACGUGGUCAUUUCUAAUUAUUAAAAAAAAAGAAGGCAUCAAAUCUUUACAGUAUUUUUUCUCCUGAAGGUAAUGCUUGUGCCAGAAACCAAGAGAAAAUUAAAAACAAAUGCUAUUGUACUAUAGAACAAUUUAACAAUGUCUUGAUGUCCGAGAGGCUGUGUCUUCAGUGUUAAAAACACCUUUAUAACAUGACACCAGCUUCUGUCAUUCGGCUCGCUUAGUAAUGAGCUGCGCUGGUAGACAGCAAUGGUGCCAGUCAGACUGGAGCUGUCAUUGCAGAAAAAAAUCAAUUCCGGUGGUGUCGCAACUGCACUAAAGAGGAAACCCUAGCUGGCCCUCCGGCAAGGGUCAGUAGUGACCUGCAUUGAAGGGGACUGCGAUUCUACAUUCUCCAUCUUAUUUAAUUCACAGACAAAAUAAUUGGGUAUUAAAAUAAACCACAAAUCUGUAACGGAAAUCCGUGCAGCUUUAUAUAUAUAUGUAUACAGAUUAUAUAUUUCACUAGGUGGUCAAUUUGCAGUAUUGAGAUGGAAGGAUUGUUAGGUUUAAUUUUUCCUCUCAUAUAACGAUGGUGUUGAAACAAAAAGUACAGUAGAGUGUGUGCUGUUCUUAAAGAUGUGGUAGGAUUGUACAUAUGCAUUGUAUAGUGUUGGGACAGGCCAGACAUGGCUGGAGGGAUGGGGCGCUAGUAAUGAAGCAGGAUGUUUCGUUUGGAGCUAAGAGAUUUUACUCUCUGUUAGCAACUGGAGAAUUUUUUUCCCCCCAAAACCAUGCCGCUUUUUCUGUUUGUUAGUUGUUAGAGGUAAAAAAGAAAGACAUGGAGCGGGACAACCUUCCAAGAUCAGGCUCUUAUGAAGAAGCCCAUCUGAAGGGGAAAAAAAAAGAUUAAUGUUUCCUGUCUCUAUGUCUCUAAUCGAAACUAGUGUGUUAGCUAAUUCUUCUUUGUUUUUGUAAAACAUAAAUUUGUUAUAUUUUUUACAAAUUUUAGCUUUUGUACAAUUUGGAUUUCCAAAUUUAUGUUCACGUUCAUAUAGGAAACGUUUCACGCGGAUAUACAAAAGAAGCAAACAAGAAAGUAAAAACAGCAUUUACAUUUUGGUUUUCUUUGUUUUUUUUGUUUAUUUUUUUGGGGUUGUCAUUUUUUUAAAUGUUGCCUCCUGUGAAAUCCACAUGGAAAAAAAAAAAGCUGUUUAUAAAUAGAUUAUACAGUGUAUUAUCGGACUUCCUUUUGUUAUGGGAAAAGAAAUCAUAAUUAUAAAGGGAGGGGAAAAAUGACGGUGCUUAUUAUUGUGACAGUAGAAAAGUAUUAAUGUCUUCGGAUUUAAAAAAAAACACAUUCAGACUUUAAAAUAAAAGUUGGUAUCUUCCCAUGCAGGCUGGGAGCACACACUAAAACCCUGGGCCUUAAACCGUUCUGAUCUGCCUACAGCAGUUUACAGAAAUUUACUAAACUGCAAUCAGUGUAAAUAUAAUGCUUAGAGUUACCCUGAGAGUGAAGGAAAAACAAAAAAGAAAAAAGAAAAUCUCAGGCUAAUAAGGAAAGAAAUGAAAAGUUUGCAUAUGCUGGCUAUAGCAAAUACAUGGAUAGCUAAAUAAGAAGGAUAUCAUCCGUGCAAAGUUACCGUUUAUAUGAGGUUGCCUUGUAAUUAGGACCCACGUGGCAUAAAGCAAGCUGCUUUUUGUUAUUUUUUUUUCUAGUAUAGUUCUCACUGCCUUACUUAAAUCGAGUUGAUAAACUAAAUGCAACUGUUUCUAAGAGCCCGAUCGAGGGAUCGCAAUGUUAUUAAAGUACUUUAUGACCGUAGUAAGCUUUAGGAUUUUAACUGCACUACCGUGUUUGGUGACAGUCAGUCGCUUGCUUUGUUUGUGUGUGUGUGUGUGUGUGUGUGCGCGCGCCGCCUUCAGUAUCUUCAGCCUCAAAAAGAAAAGAAAAAAAAAACAAAAAAACAAAUAAAGAAAAAAAUGACAUUCCAUUUCUCGCACUUUUUGAGCUCUUUCAGUAUUCCUCUGUGUCUUUUGAGCAUUUUCAGAUAUGACAGGCAAUAAUUCUGUUUGUGACACUGGAAACAUUUCCUGUCCUUUGUGAAGUGUUUGUUGACUCCAUUUGGUCCGGUGCUACUCACCUUACUCCACCCCAUACUCCCACCCCUCUCUCCCCACCAAAC